AUGGAUUAUAAUAGUCCGGAGGGUUCAACUUCACAGCUGGCUGGUACGGUACCAAAUCCCACCGAUCUGUCUCGCCGACUUGAAUCUACACAACAAGAACAGCAAGCAAAGGGAAAUCGGAGUGACGAUGAAAAUUCAAAAAUUACUCCAAUGCGAUCUCCUAAUAAUAGUGUGCCUCGGUUUGACCUUCAACCUAAUGCUCAGUUGUGGGACACUCUUUCACCGUCAAGGUCACCUGUGCGCCUUCAAUGCUGUUGUGGUAACGACGAUUGCCCAAACCUUGCAGCAUUUUUAAUAAGUUUAAAGUCCAUCGAAGAUCACCUAAGAUUAGCUGCUGAGAUUGGACAAGCACUUUUACAGCAACAAGAGGUAUAUCAACAAGAAAUAAAAGAGUAUAAGGAACAAUUAGAACAAUUAGAACAACAUCAGAAGAAAUUAUUGAAUGCAGAAAACUCUUUAGAAACCAAGUCUAUAAAUGAUAUAAAUGAGCAAAAAAUUUUGGAACUUGAAGAUUUAGUGCAUGAACUCGAAGAUUCACAACGAAUUUUGAAAAUUGAAAGAGAUGAUGCUACAAGACAGAAGAAUAUUUUGGAGAAUAAAGGUGAAGCGCUUACAGAGGCACUCGAGUCUAGUGAUAAAAGAGUUGUAGAAUUAACAAAUGAAAUUGAACGACUUGAUAAUGAAUUAAAACGCCUCAUGGCAAAUAACCUUAUGGGUGAACGAAUUGAGGAAAGAGAAGAAAUGUUAAGUAGGCAAUUGGAAGAUUUGAAGCAAGAGCUUCAAGUAUCUAGAAAAGCGGAGUUUGCCGCCGAAUCAAAGAUAAAAAAAUUGCAGACAAAAUAUGAUCAACUUUACUGUAGUUAUGAGCAAAUAGAAAGGGAACAACAAGGUUCUCAAAAAUCAAAAGGAAAAUUAGAAGCAGUAGCUAUGCUUCGCGAAUCAAAAUCAUCUCUACCAAAUCCUAAUAACGAGGCCAACACUCAUCUUAUUGCUCUUAUUAAAGAACUCUCAUCAGCAAAUAAUAAACUAAAGUCGGAGAUUGGUGAAUAUCGUGAUCUCCUUUCUGAAUCUCGUAAUGAGGUGAGCAGUUUGCAAUGUAGGAUUGAAGAUCUCGAGACAGCAAGUGCUGCUGGUUAUUUGUAUCCUGGUAGCUAUGCAUCAGCAACACCGUUCAACACAAUUAUGCAGCCGAUUCAUGACGAAAUGGAAGAAACUCAACCUAGUUCUACUAGCGUAUUUAUGGAAGAAAUUGGAGAUAUGUCAAAUAAUAUAUCUGGUACUGCCGCUCGAUCAAUUAAUCCACUUCUGUCACCCAAUGCUUUGUCAUCUUCGUUUGGUCCUGGUUCAUAUAACACGUUCAAUAGCUUGGGCGUUGAUCCUUCUGUACAUUCUCCUGUAGGAUCUGUCGUCUCUUCAUCGGUGUUAUCCAGUUCGAAUCCUUUUCAUCAUCACUACCAUUAUCACCACCAUCACUAUCAUAACGAAAAUAAUGAUAUACGAGGAAAUGUAUUUGGUGAACUGGAAAAACACUUUAAAAAGCCAAAGCCUAAGGGACCUAAACUCGUACGCGUCUCUAGAAAAAGCAGGAAAGCAAUCCCUGAAUUCGAUGAAAGGAUUGAAGAUGAAAAUAUCUCCCAUUCUGAUGUUGCAGAAAAGAAAUUUACUCAAUCUGAGGAAGAUUAUAGUGCAUCAGAACAGGGUGAUGAUAUGACCAACAAGUCUGACAGUACUAUUAUUAAAAAAGGUGAUAUAACUAAAUUAGAAACUUCUAAAGCUUCUUCAGUGGAUAGUAUUAAUUCACAGAAAAAAUCGAGUGUUUCUUUAUUAUCCGCUGGUCUCAUGAGGUCUGCAGCAGAAAAGUCCAAUACAACAAAUCAAGCCCAAGACGAACAAGAAGACGACAAAUCUUCCACAAAGAAAGCUUUUGAGAAAGACACACCUCAUCGCAAAACUCCCCAAUCAAAUCUUUCUUCGAAACGAGUGAAUUCGUCUAAAAUAUUAUCAGGUACAACUUCAGUCCAGCAACAUAAACCAUCGCAAUCAUCUCCGUUGGCUGUUCAUCGUCGUAAUGCUUCAAAUGUUACGAAUUCAAUAGCGAUUGAGAAUCCUCAAUCUUCUAGUUCACCUGCCGUGGCUCAAAAUUCUAAUGUAUUACCAACGAAACCUACUAUACCAGCCUUCAAAAAUCCAAAAUUUGCAACCCUUGGACCCAAAGAACGAAAAAUAAUGAUGGAGGCUUGGCGUGCUGGUGUUGCUAAUGAACAACAGCAAAAAAGUAAUACGGUAGAAAAUGGUGAAUUUAGUAAUAAAGCAGCAACUAAAAAACAAUUAACCAUUGAUAAUGCUAGUGAUUCUGCUACAAUAAAGGGCAAAAAUUGGAAGGAUAUGCCCAAUUCUCCAAUCAAAGUAUUUGUUGAAGAGGUUUUGGUAGAUGAGACUAAUCUUUCUGCUGCUGAAGCUGCUGCUUUUGCUCAUGAAGUUCAACAUGGAUUGACAGACUCUGGUACAAAAUCAGUACAUUCUUGCCAGACCACUACUACAACUAAUCGAGCACCUCUUCACUUACCAUCAAUUAUUACUACUGAUGUUGACGGAUCUAAAAAUGAAUCUCAAUUUACUGAAUCUCUUCAAAAUCAAAAUCCUUAUCAAUUGUUAUUUAACCUUGCCAGUCAUAUUAUGGAUCGUAUGAAGGGUACUGAUUUAAUGGCUCUUAAUCGCAGAUUAAAGAGAACUUUUGAUAUUUUGGAAUUGACCGAUUUAAGUAAUAAUUUGAUUGAAAAUAUUUUGAACGACGUUGAGGUUUUCAGAGAACGUUUCAGAUGG